CCUAAAUAAUUAACCAAAUGAAAAGCCACAUAAAUAGAAGAGCCAAAGAGUUGAAUAGGCUCAUAUGCCUAGUUUUCUAAACCUUCUUUAUUCUUUUUUCCUAAGACCAAGAUCAAAUAAGCAUAAGCUCCUUCAAGUUUUCUUUCUAUUUUUUCAAAUUUGUUUUAUGGACCUUGAAAUUUGAAAAAGCAGUGUCAUAUAGGAGGAGUAGUAUUUCAUAGAUAAACGUGAGAAAGCAUUUAAACCCUUUUAACUGUCCCUAGUACACAGUACACAAAACAGUUUUAUCAUCAUCUUUUUUCCUCUUCUUUGCAUGAAACAGAGUCCUCUGUUAUCUCCUCUGCAUGAAAAACAGAGUACUCUGUUUUCAUUGUUGCAAUGAAAUACAUUCGGACCAGCAGCUUGAAGAGGCUCUUCUCUCUGAAAAGGCGUAGUUUUGGAGACCAAUCUCUGGGAACACUGAAGGAUGGAGAGGAGAUUGCAGUGAAGAGGCUCACAAGAACUUGCAGAGAUGAGAGGAAAGAGAAAGAGUUUCUAACAGAGAUUGGUACAAUCGGCCAUGUCCACCAUAACAAUGUUUUGCCUCUUCUUGGUUGCUGUAUUGACAAUGGCCUUUACCUUGUUUUCAUGCUAUCUACCAGAGGCUCUGUUGCAUCCCUUCUUCAUGAUGAAAAGUUGGAUACUUUGGAUUGGAAAACAAGGCAUAAGAUAGCUGUUGGAACUGCACGUGGCCUCCAUUACUUGCACAAAGGUUGCAAGAGAAGGAUAAUCCACCGAGACAUUAAGGCAUCAAAUAUUCUUUUGACAGAAGAUUUUGAACCUCAGAUAUCUGAUUUCGGAUUAGCAAAAUGGCUUCCAUCUCAAUGGAGUCAUCAUUCAAUUGGCCCAAUAGAAGGGACAUUUGGUCAUUUGGCACCAGAAUACUAUCUGCAUGGAGUUGUGGAUGAGAAGACAGAUGUAUUUGCUUUUGGUGUGUUCUUGCUUGAACUCAUUUCUGGAAGAAAACCAGUUGAUGGGUCUCACCAAAGCUUGCAUACUUGGGCAAAACCAAUAUUGAAGAAAGGGGAGGAAGAGAAGCUUGUGGAUCCAAGGCUUGAAGGGGAGUAUGAUGGAGGAGAGUUAAAGAGACUUGCCUUUGCAGCAUCCUUGUGCAUUCGGGCUUCUUCAAUUUGGCGACCAACCAUGACUCAGGUAUUAGAGGUAAUGGAAGAGGGUGAAAUUGACAGAGAGAAGUGGAAAAUGCCAGAGGAAGAAGAAGAGGAAGAUGAAGAGGAAGAGUUUUGGGGUUUUGAUGAUCUUGAAUAUGAAUAUGACACUUCAUUAUCAAUGUCACUACCUGAUUCCACUGCAAGUACAUAUAUUUAGAGGUUAAAUUUUAAAGAGUUAGGUGCCACUUUCAAUUAUUACCCAAAUAGUGACACUAGCUAGUAGUGUAUGUAUACAUGGAUGAUGAUAUGUUAAAACUUAAAAGAGUAUUAUUCUUUAUUGUUAUUUUUAUUUUUAAGUUUAAUUGAACUUUAUUAUGUCGGCAACGUGAGAGGAAAAUGACAGAGUAAAGUUGUUUUCCGCCACUAAUCAUUAUUCAAUGGUGAAGUCUUUAUGUGAAACAAGACACUAAUAAUUGGUUUUAAUAGGUCCACUUGUUUCUAA